CAAGAAGGCUGGAGUGACAAGAAAUUUGUUAGUGGCAAUAGCAGCCUGUGUUCUUGAUCAUCGUUUCAGUUUGGUUACAACACCGGUGUGGUGAAUGUUCCACAAAUUAGGUUAGAAGAGUUCCUGAAUGAGACAGUUGAGCAGCGGUCAGGUCACUUUAUCUCCCACUCACUCCUCACCACCCUAUGGGCCAUCAUCGUCUCUAUCUAUGCUGUGGGUGGAAUGAUUGGGGGUGUGUCUGCUGGCUACUUUGCUAACAGGUUUGGCAGGAAAGGCUCUUUGCUGAUGAACAAUGGUGUUGUUGUUGUUGCCACUGGCCUGAUGGCCUGCAGCAAACUGGCCAAGUCUUACGAGAUGCUGAUUGUGGGCCGUUUUAUCAUCGGCCUAAGUGCAGGCGUGAACACAGCGAUUGCCCCGCUGUACCUGGCCGAGAUUGCCCCUACUGCCUUCAGAGGUCUCACAGGUACCUUCAACCAACUGUCCAUCACCACAGGGGUACUGGUGUCAGAACUGAUUGGCCAGUCCUUUGCUUUGGGGACAGAAAAGCUGUGGCCAGCACUACUGGGUUUCUCCAUAGUUCCUGUGAUUUUCCAGCUCAUUGUUUUACCCUUCUGCCCAGAAACCCCCAGAUUUCUGAUACUAAAUAAAGGACUGGAUGAGGAGGCCAGAACAGCUCUUACAUGGCUACGGGGCUCUUCCAAUGUGACAGACGAGGUGGAAGAAAUGAGGCGGGAAAGAGAAGAGGCCAGUCGGCAGGAGAAGUUCAGUGUACGGAAUCUGCUGGUAGACCCAUUCCUGCGCCAUGCCCUCAUCAUCAGCUUGGUCAUGCAACUCUCUCAGCAGUUCUCAGGGAUUAAUGCUGUAAUUUAUUACUCAACUGACAUAUUUGAAGGAGCUAAUUUAUCGGAAGCGGUAUCGAAAUAUGCGACUCUUGGCACAGGGGUUAUAAAUGUCCUGAUGACGCUGAUAUCAGCACUGAUUGUGGACAGGGCUGGCAGGCGUACACUUCACCUGAUUGGCUUAGGGGGAAUGUUUGUAUUCACUACAGUGCUAUCCUUAGCACUUAUUUUCAAGGACUCUGUCAGCUGGUUUUCCUACCUUAGCAUUGUGUCCAUCACUUUUUACAUCAUCUUCUUCGCAACUGGACCAGGUUCUAUUCCGUGGUUUAUUGUGGCUGAGCUCUUUGCGCAGGGUCCGCGGCCUGCAGCUGUCAGCUUGUCCGUCCUUGUCAACUGGUUUGCGAACUUUACAGUAGGACUAGGCUUCCCAGAGGUCAAGGAUGCCAUUGGUCCCUAUACAUUCAUCAUCUUUGCUGUCCUCUUGGCAUUAUUCUGGCUCUUCACAUUUUUCCGAGUUCCGGAGACAAAAGGAAGAACAAUAGAAGAGAUACAGAACCUGUUCAAAGCUACCAGAGCUCCAGUUUUAUACCGUGAAAUUAAUGUCACUGAGGAAGACAUAGGUUAACUCUAGAAGUGUAUAGCGUCCCUUUGUGGGAAAACCAUGUGAGAUUAAUGUUGUGCUAUAUUAAAGUUUUGGAAUAAGAUAUAUUUUGUUAAAUCAAAACCACACAUACAUUAAAUAACCUUAAGACAAAGUCAAGAAAGAAAAGAGUUCUGAGUUAAAGUUUAUAUCAAUGUCACCUAAUAACUUAAUCCUUCAGCUCUGACUGACAUGACAAUAUUCCUAUAUAGAGAGUUUAAAGUUAACAUAAAAGCUCAUUUGAUCCCAGAAAAAUCUGGGAGAUUUGAAUGAUUUUACUUUUUAUUUAGUACAGGUCGUAUAAACGAAAAUAGAAAUAAAAACAAAACAAAAACAAAUCUCAUUAAUAAGAGUGAUUGCAGCUUUCAAAACCUGUGAAAAAACAUUAACAAGUAUCACAAUUUCAUGUAUCAAUGAUCAUUUAGAUUUGUUGCAAAUUUGUCAUUUUGUUCAAUUUUCACCUAAAUCUUUUGUAAAUAUCAGCUGUCACAUACAGCAUUCACAAUCCAUGUAACUGUGUAACCAUAGAAAAUCUCAGUGAUAAAAUUCUCCAUCUUCAUCUAAAUCUAACGGUUAAUUCCAUGAGAUUUGUUUUUAGUCCAAAUAACUAAGCCAUGAUAUCAAAGUGCACUGCCAAAAAUAGGGUACUUAACAGAUUUGAUUUCAUUUUAUUUUUGCAAAAUAACUGAUCUUAAUUUUUUGAGGGAAUCCUCACAGAUGAGAAAACAUUUAAAUGCGAUUGUAACGUGAUAUUUAUUUAUUUAUUUUAUUAAUGUUAUAUUUUGUGUAAUUGGAAAUAUGACGGGUACACAAAUUUUAAAAUAUUACGCACAAUGUAAAUGUGUGUGUAAAAAGGAAAUAUCGCCUAAGGGAGGUAACUCUGGAGGUAAUAAUAAUUGUUAACGGUAGAAUGCCCUCAUUCCAAAAUUGCUAAAUAUCGGUGUUAUCUGCCCCAAAGUGAGAUCGGCAGAUGCCAUUUAGAGAGUCAGUUUUAAGUUGUAGUAUUAUAGGGCUUACCCGUUUUUGAUGUAGCAGAGAGUCUAGUGCUGAAAAUGGGUCGAGUGAUCUUGGCAUGGUGAUUUGGAGCAUUACUCUGAGGCAGCUUGUUUGAAUACCUGGACAGAGCCUGUUUUUGGUACUAGAACCUGUGUUAUGUCCAGAAAGCGGCAUCCCUAAUAAUGAUGAUACUAUGACCGAAAGUCGGCUGUGUGAUAAUGCAUGGUCUUCUUAAAUCGUAGCCACAAUAACAUACAUGAAUACAAACAAACAUACACAGGCAAAACUUCAAAAAAAAAAAAAA